AUGGUAGUUACUCAACAACAACAAUUCUUCACUCUUCAGAAAUUGUUGAAUAAUGAUCUGCAUAAUUUAGUCUCUGAAUCCAGAAGAAAAAAUUCAGAAGUUAAACAUACAAGUGAUAAAGCUUUGGAGAUCCUUAAGACAUGCCAUAGCAAUUUGGAUUUAAAACGUCACCCUGAUUUCAUAAUACCUUUGAUAAAAGCAUGUAGUUCGAAGAGUGCCAAAUUGACUACUAUCGCAAUGCAAUGCUUACAAAGAAUGUCGUCUGUAGAUUGUAUCCCAGAUUCAAGAAUAUCUCAAGUAUUAGAUUCUUUCAUUGAAGCUACUCUAUUGGCUUCUGAUAUUCAACUGAAAGUCUUACAAAUAGUUCCUAUAUUUUUUAAAACUUAUGGCAAAUAUAUCUAUGGCCCCUUAUGCGCAAAAUUGUUAACUUGCUGUUCAAACUUAUUACAAGUUCCUAAUAAAUCUCCAAUGGUUAUAGGUACCGCUAGUGCCACAAUGCAACAGUUGAUUGAUGAAAUUUUUGAAAGAUUAUCGUUUAAUUGGAGUAAAGAUGAACACAACCCAGCGUUGGAGGAAACUCAUCAAGUUUUAAUCACAAAUAGUGAUACAAUCAUGGUUAACGCUUAUAGAUAUGAUGCUUAUGUAUUAUUCACUGAUCUGAGUUCCCUAUCAGAGAAAAACAAAGAUUCAUCCUCAAUUAAUAAUAACAUUACAACAACAAUAACUAGUAACAACUCCAUUACGACAGACAUUAAUACUGGCAAUACAAAGAUAAAAAUGGAUAAGAUGCUAGAUAUGAAUAAUGUACCAAUUGACUAUGGAUUAGAGAUCUUAGAAUCAAUUCUAAGUAAUAGCUAUAGUUCAUUUUUAAAUUAUAAAGAUCUGCAAUUUCUCCUACGUAUUAAAAUGGUCCCAUUCCUAUUAAGAAACAUUCCUUCAACUACUGCAAGCUUUUCUAUCGUGGUUAGAAGUUAUAGAUGCAUUAAAUUAUUAAUAAAAAAGGAAUUUUUGAACACUUUAGACCUAGAAUUGGAAGUCAUUUUCUCUUUAUUGAUUCAUACUUUAACUGCUGAUUCAAAAUCUCCAAUCUGGAAAAAACUUUUGACAUUAGAAAUUUUUAGAAGUUUUUCAAAUGAUAUUGAACUUGUAGAAUCUAUUUUUAUGAUUUAUGAUAAUUUGAAAGAUCGUAAAAAAAUAUUAACAUCAUUAACAAAGGAAUUUUACGAAAUUUUAAAAUCAAAUGAAUUAACAAUUGCAUUACAUGAAACUAAAUUAAUUGUCACUUUGGAUAAUUAUCAAAUCACAAAGGACAAUUCUAUUUCAAAAAUAUCUUAUUUACAAAUGCUAGAUAGAUCAAAUCCCUCAUCAAUAAAUCAAAAUUAUUUGAUUUGGUUAAUAUUCCAAAUAAUUAGUGACUGGACCAAUGGAUUUAGUAAUUCAGCUUCAAAAAUUGAUUCAACAACAAUUAUUAAAAUAAAUUCAUCAUCCUCCUCAAAGGAAAAUGAACCUAGCAACAGUUCGUCAUCAAAUACUGAUCAAGAGACUCAAAUUCAAUUACCAAUUAUUCAAACAUUUAAAGGCAUAUUUCCCAAUGUGUUUAAUAUUCUUCGAAAAUUAUUAUAUUCCUCAUCAUUUGAUAACCAUAUCUUCAGCAAAUUAGUGAGAUCUUUCCAAAAAUUAGGCCAUGCAGCAGGCCUUUUAAAUUUACAUGAUGAACUAAAUCAAUGCUUAGAAUUGUUUUCUCUGUCAAUCGUUAAAAAUUGUCUUGAAACUGAACUCAAAAUCGAAGAUCCUAAACCUAGAAACUCUAUUGAUUCAGCGGCAACUGAUGUAACUGUUUCUACUGUUGCAGCUGCGGCUGGGACAUCUGUCCUUAAUGCUAUAAGUGAAACAUUGAUUGGUUCAAACAAUAAUCAAUCUCAAAAAUUACAACAACAGCAGCAACAGCAGCAACAACAACAACAACAACAACAACAACAACAACAACAACAACAACAACAACAAAACCAACACCAUUUAAACCAUGAGCUCUCAAAUAGAAAAUAUUUACAUCCAAGAAAUUUCAAUCCAAGACAGGUAUCGUUAUUUAGGGCAUUGGUAUCAUUAACAAUAUCAAUUGGUGAAAAUUUGAACUAUGAUAGUUGGAAUUUUGUAUUGGUAGCACUACAAUGGGUUUCUUAUUAUAUGUCAGGACCAUCUAAUGAUUUUAUGGAAAAUAUUUAUUCUCAGGAUAUACCUCCACCACCAAUGUUAAGUAAGAAUGAUAGUGCCUUGAUUGAAAGUAGUUUUGCAAAUUUAUAUGAAAGUACUGCUUCAUAUUCUGCAACCGCCCUAAAAUCUUUCUUGAAGAUUAUUGUUGAAGAAUCAAGACAAACGUUUGAUACAUCGAAAGAAUACCAUGGUGAUAAAAAUGGUGGAUUCUAUCAUUCAGUGGUCAACAAUAAAAUUAGAAAUUGUAUAUAUAACAAAACUUUUUUUGUCUCACAAUUAGGCCAUUUAACGACAAAUAACUGUAGAAGAUUUAUCGAAGGAGAAGUGGGCAAAAAAAAUUGGGAAAUUGUAAUGAGUUAUUUGACAGAGUUGAUAGGUGAUCGUUCUUUGGGGUCACAUUCUUUAAGAUUAUAUGUGACAAAUAUUUUUACGGAUAUGAUUAGGCAAAUUUCCAACUCAAUUGCUUCUAUUGAAGAUCAAGAUUCAAGAACUGCUAACUUCCAAAAACUCGAGCUAUUGGUUGCAAAUUCUUUAUUGGAUACCAUCAAUACCUUAAGGAAUUUGGAAGUCGGUAGAGAUGAAAUAAAUCAUGGUACAUCAAAUACUGAAGCUGAUAUUUUAUUUCAACUGUUAUCAACACUAAAGGAAAUUUUAAAUGAAUUUGGUGAUCUCCUUUCACAUUCCUGGAAAAUUGUUUUUGAUAUUAUUAAUUCUCCAUUUCAUUGGGUAAGUAGAGAUAAGGGAAUCCUUUUAGACGAGGAUGAAGAUGAUUCGUCGUUAGUCAACGCAUUCAUACAAAAACACAAAGAAUUAAUUCAAGUUUCAUUCGAUGUUUUCAAGUUAAUUUCAGAUGAUUUUUUGCAAACUUUGCCGUUAAACACUAUUAAGUGUGUGAUAGACACAAUUGUGAACUUUGUUAAUCAACAACGUAAUCUAAAUAUCUCAUUUUCUUCAAUUAGUCAAUUUUGGUUAGUAGGUGAUUAUUUGAGAACAUGCUAUUCCUCUCAAGAUGAGAAGGAACUUCAACAAGAGUUAACUGUGUUUAAUAAGAAGAUUCAGCCAGGCAAUACCUUAAAUAUUAUUACAAACGAUAGUUCUCCAUUCCUCAGCAUGUAUUAUGGUUUGUGGCUAUACUUGUUAUCUAAUUUAGUAGACUGUACGAAAGAUAAUAGAAUUGAGGUUAAAAAUGGUGCAAUCCAAACGUUCUACAGGAUAUUAGAUUCUCAUGCGUUGUACUUACCAGAUUGGGAAUUAAUUUAUUUGGAAGUUAUUAAACCUUUCUUAGAGCGCCACCUAACGGAACAAGAUUUGAGUGAUUAUGUUGAUUUCUUAGAUAUUACCUUAGAUGGCUUAGCAAAAUUAUAUCCAAAAAAGUUUUCAACAUUUACCGACGAUUCUAAAAAUACAAGUGAAAAGUGGCUACUAUUAUUUGAUUUUAUAAACCACUUAUUUCAUCUACAAUCGACGGCUGUACAAUAUAUUGCUAUUUCCAAAUUUAAAAUCCUUUUGGAAUCUUUACUAGCUAUAGAUCAAAUAAACGAAGACGUCUUGAAUAAAUGCUUCACAUUAUGGAGUGGAUAUUCUAUUGUUUAUAGAGAUAUUUCCGCCCCAAAUUCAAAUUACAACAAAACAGGCUAUGACUGUAUUUAUGAAUUGGUCAUUUCUUUCCCAAAUUUGUAUUACUUACUAGAGAAAUAUAACUUGAUAACCUUAAAGUUAGUAGAAUCUGUUUUGAACUUAUUUAAUGCUGGCAUUAGAUAUCCAUUACUACCAGAACAUUCAAGGGAUAAAAAGAAACCAUCAACGUUACAGAAUGCUAUUUUAGAAUGCUUAAAAACAUUUUCACAAGAUUUACCAGUUGAUAUUCAAAGCAUAAUACUAGUCCAAUUAAGUAGUAUCAUCAACUUGUCCUUUGAAACUAGAGAAAAAAUUGAAAAGAAGUUACUACCAAAGCUUCCUUCUUCAGCAAGAGUUCGUAUCCCAACAUUCCAAGCUGUCAGUUAUGAAGCUUGUAAGCAAUUAAGUGAUAAACUAGAACAAUCAAUUAAAGAUAACAAAAUACCAUUUAAGGAAAAUAAUAUAUUAAAAUUAAUGAAAAAUCUAGGGGAAACGAUUGACAGAAAAUCGUUAAUUGAUAAUAGCGAAGAAAAAAAUCUUCCUUUAUGGGAAUUUAGUUCCCGUUGCUUCAAAACAUUAACAAAUCAAAUAAUCGAAUGUUAUGAAAAAAAACAGAUCUCAGAACCAAUUAUAAAAGAAUUUUGUGAUGUAUUUAUAAAAGUGGCUGUUGCGCCACUUCACAAGGUCAAUGACGAAACCGACAAAAUGACUGAAGCAGUUGAUAUAAAACAAUUUUUUAGUUACCGUAAAAUUUUGUUGCAGGGAAACUUUAUUUACUUAAUGGACCGAAACCAUCUAGAUGCUUUUAUUUCGGCUGUCUGGUCAAAUACAUUCUUUUACCAGCUUGAUGAUGUUGAAAAUACUUUGCUGGGUAGUUGUGGGUCUCUAAAUGAAGUAUCUGAAAGAUUUGCAGAGAUUAAUUUUGAUGAAACAAUCGGAUCUACAGUUCAGCCACCUCUUCUAACUAAAUAUGAAUGUUCUAAAAUGUGUUUGAACAAUUUAAUAGAAUUAACAACGUUGGAAGGCAGUGAAUAUGAACAGUUGAGAAUUAUUGCCGCACCUUAUUUGGUGUCCAGAAUUUCUUUUGCAUUAAGAAGGUAUAUUUCUGAUCAGCCGUUAUUAAAGCGCGAACCCUUCCCCAAAGUUCGUAGAAUGGAAUUAAAGAUUUUAUUAAGAGGCUUGUGCACUAUUAUGGUUUCUUUGUCCAAGCACGAUUCAGAGAACCAUACGGUAAUUCUCAAAAACCUGAAAUACCUAUAUCCCCUAAUCUUGAGAACAAUUCCUAUAGCUCAUACAAUUUCAGAAAUACAAAGUGAUGUACUUCAACUAUCUCUUGAUUUUACAAGAGUAAUAUCAUCGUAG